CCUCCUUCCAUUCCACCAGGAACGGUCAGUCGCCACAAGAGAUGUGUUGAAUUCUAGUGGAAGGUUAUUACUGUUGACAUGUUUUUUAACCUGACGUAGUAUGUUAUGGACUAGCAAUUUGGGUGUUUUAUUUUAUUUGAGCGAUUUGAUUAUUCAACUGUUGUUAUCUCAAUAUGGAAACUCGUACAAAGUAUGAUGUAUUAGACCUUUUUAGCACCAAUUCUGUUGUAUAUGUGUGUGCACCUAUGGUGAGGUACAGCAAGUAGGUUUGCUUCCCCAAGAGUUUAACUUAUUUUUUGUUCUAAAAAUGUCCAUCACUAAAAUAAAAAUAUUAUGUAGAUUGGAGUUUCGAACAUUAGUUAAGAUGUAUGGAUGUCAGCUUUGUUUCACUCCUAUGAUCAUGGCAGAUUCUUUUGUUCAGUCAUUGAAAGCAAGACACAAUGAAUUUGUUACGAACACAGAUGACAAACCACUAAUUGUUCAAUUUGCUGCAAAGAAUGUUAAUGAUUUUGUUUCUGCUGCAGAACUUAUUUCUCCUUAUUCUGAUGGAGUAGAUUUAAAUUGUGGUUGUCCUCAAAGAUGGGCUAUGAAUGAAGGUUAUGGAGCAGAGUUACUUUCCAAUCCUCAAUUAAUCAAAGAAAUGAUACAGCAAGUUCGAAAUUCCAUUCCGAAGCCAUUUACAGUUUCUGUUAAAAUGAGGAUUAAAGAUGAUAUCAAGGAAAGUGUUCAACUUUGUAAAAAUUUGGAGGCUUGUGGUGUAUCAUUUUUAACAGUACAUGGAAGAACUGUCAAAGAAAGAAGUGAACCAGUAAAUACCAAUGCUAUCAGAAGUAUAGUUGAUAGUGUAGAUAUACCUGUUAUUGCAAACGGUGACAUCAAAUCACUUAAUGACUGUUUUCACUUGAAUGAACUCACUAAAUGCAAAGGAGUAAUGGCUGCUCGAGGUAUUCUUCAGAAUCCUGCAAUGUUUUCUGGCUUGGAAAAAACACCACUCUCUUGUGUUCAAAAUUGGGUUGAUUUAUGUUGUAAAUCUGAUGUGCAGUUUCAGUGUUAUCAUCAUCAUUUAGUAUUUAUGCUUGAAAAGGUGCUUAGCAAGAAGGAAAGAAAUACCUUUAACUUUUUAAAAACAUUUGAUCAAGUGAACAAUUAUCUAAGUGAAAAACUUAGUAUUAGUAUUCCAACUGCUACGAAAACAAAAAAUUGUCAUGUUGAGUAUAGUGAUGUUCAAGAUGGUAGUUAUUUUAAAAGUAAAAUUUUACAAACUUCCGAAUUUGAAGACUGUCUUUAUGAUACUUUCUUGUUUAAUUAGUAUGUCUAUUUAAUUCUAGUUUUUAUAUAACAAUUUCCUCUAUCUAGAAGAUCUAUUUUAUUAUUCAAGGUAUUUGUUAACUGUUAUCUUCCUCAAUUUAAAAAUAAAAUAUUUUUUUAAGGAAGGGGAUAGUUCACCAAUGCCUUUAAUAAUACUAAUUUUUGUACCUGUAUGUUAUAUUUAAUUAUGUAAAUAUAUUUUAUAUUUAUCUC